UUUCCAGGACUCGGCAGCAGGUGACAUGUGGAUGCCUGAGGCAGUACAUACCCUUCGUACCAGGUGAUGGGAGAUAUGCAGCCAAGAUAUCUGCAGUGUCGAGUGAUGGCUGCAGCUGACUGCAACGACAGGAUAUAUAGUAAAGGAAAUGAGACUCGCAGAAUUGAUUUAUUAUGGUUUCAAACAACAACAACAACAACUGGCAAAUCGUAUUACUUACAAGAGCGACUUCAAUGAUGAGGGCAACAAUAUAUAUUUGGACGCUCUGGCUAAACCUACUGGCUGUGGAUGCACAUCAUGACCGAACGAUAGCUGGGACGACUCGCGCUAAGCAAGAACUGAUGCUCGAUUCUAUCGCCUCGGCGCAAAAGGUGCUUGGUGACACCGCUGACUCCUGCUAUGUCUGCUCGUCGCCUUGCUCCCGAGCUGUCUGCUGUCAUGGAGAAUUCCCCCAGUGUUGCUCAGAUGGUGUCUAUUGCUAUUGCUGCCAGGACUGAUUAUUUCUGCUGUCUUGUCUGAAGGAUCCAUCCAGCGCAGGUAUCACAUGUAGACUUAUUCCAU